AUCUUUAGUGAAAAAUAUGUCCUAAUCCGAAGUGCGGAGGAGUACUUUUUUUUCUAUCCAAUGCACAAGACUUUUUCUAAACUGUACAGAGACUGAAAUACCAGUCUAUUUCUAAGCCAAUCACACAGUGAACGUGGUGAAGAGCGAAAUCGGAUGAUGUCUGUGUGGAAUUUGGUCUUUAAAUUUGACAUUAGAAGUUAUUAUACCGGGGACAAUGGCUUCCGUUCAAACGGUAACAGAUGAGACAGGAACUUACAUACCAGCUUCACAGAGGCCUGAUGGCACCUGGCGGAAGGCAAGGCGUGUCAAAGAGGGCUACGUACCCCAGGAAGAAGUGCCAGUGUUUGAGAGCAAGGGCAAGAAAUGGGUAAACAGUCGACCGACACUGCCGCCUGGGCUAAACAGUGAUCCAGACCCACCAUCGGAACUCAAACUGGCACCAGAGACAAAGAACCUGUCCAAGUCAGCUAAAAAGAAAGAGAAGCGGAAACAGAAGAAGCAAGAAAAGGCAGCUGAUGAGGGGCACGCGAGCCAAGAACAAACAGAAGAAGUCAGCAGAAAGCUGGCUGGAGUCAGUCUGUCGUCAGCGGGUGUUGGCGACACAGACGCCGCUGCAGCUGCGCAGAGGACUGGUAGAGCACCCUCAGCUCCCCCAGACAAACGCGCCAAGACGUUACGGAAGAAGAUUCGCCAGAUGGAGGAGAUCCAGGCCAAGAUUGACUCGGGUGAGCUGGAAUCGCCAAGCAAAGACCAGCUGGAGAAACUGUCCCGACGGGCAGAAGUGGAGGAGGAACUUGAGAGACUGGUCGCUGAGUUUGGAGUUUAGGAAAUCUUGCUUGAGACACCGUGAACUUUUUAGAAAUUUUCGUUACAGAGUCCAUGCUAGAACAGUAGAUGGAUCUUCAUCACGAUUCACGAGCGCUUCAGUGGGAGGUGCAUCCUGGGUACGUGUACUGGUUGCAAGAAGUGCAAACGACUUAUUUUAUUUUGAAUGAACACAACCCUGUAGAGUCUUUGCAUGAGCAUCCAACGCUGUCAGCAAUGCUAUCAAGAGACCCUCCAGUUGGUCCCUCCCAACUUUCCUCGGUAACCAUUGAGGGGGUACUUGUGCAUGGAGUCCGUAAGAUUGAACCAAUGAAUUGACUGCGCUGGGAUUUGAACCUGCUACCUCCAGAACGCUGCUCUGGUCAGUGGAUCAAUGGAGCUACACACAUCUAACCCUGUGUUGGCAGUGGACCAAUUGUACAUGUCUUUGUGCAUGGGACACCUGUCUGAAAUAAUAAAAAUGUGAACAGGGAAUGUCAGGGAUCAUGUCCAAAGUCACGAUGCUAGCAAAUAAGCAAUAUAGACUUAGAGGUGUGUGUUGUUAUAUGAAUUUAGUAGCAAUGGAUGCAAAGGGCCACCCAUGGGAAUCCUUGUGGAACAUACAUUGUGUAAGCGCGCACCUUAAAGAUUUACAAAUGGGCCUUGGGCCAAAAAAAA